CCCCUGAAAACAUUAGGACAGCCCCUCACUCCCAACCUUCCCUUACCCACCAAAUAUUUCUCCUACUCUCUCCCUCUCCUUUUCUCAUGGCUACCGAUCAUCAGGAAAACUCAAGUGCAGCACAUAUGCAGGAUUUCACAGACGAGGAUAGCCAGAACGAAGGAGUACUAGAAGAUGAAGACGAAGAAGAAGAAGAAGAGGAGGAGGAGGAAGAGGAAGAAGGAACCACACAGGAUUGCAGGAGUAAGCUCUUUAUGUGUGGCGGUUAUGGUGGUGAUUCUCGAAGAAGAGGGUGGUUUUUAGGGAAAAUGUUGGACCCUCGAGCCAGAUGGGUUCAAGAAUGGAAUAGAGUUUUUCUUCUUGUGUGUGCCACCGGACUAUUUGUGGACCCUCUCUUUUUUUACGCUCUGUCUGUUAGCGAUACCUGCAUGUGCCUCUUCAUCGACGGGUGGUUUGCUAUCACGGUAACGGUUCUCCGGUGCAUGACUGACGCCUUGCACCUGUGGAACAUGUGGUUGCAGCUCAAAAUGGACAGAAAACCAUCCAGUGGUGGUGGUGGUGAGAAUAAUGGAACUAGAAGUGGACCACGCUCGAUGACAAGCCCUAGUUCAGUGGCCCUGAUGUACCUGAAGGCAAAGAGAGGAUUUUUCUUUGAUCUGUUUGUGAUUCUCCCCCUACCCCAGAUUGUGCUAUGGGUAGCAAUUCCAUCAUUAUUAGAGAAAGGGUCAGUAACUGUAGUGAUGACCAUAUUCUUGAUCAUAUUCCUCUUUCAAUAUCUUCCGAAGAUCUACCACUCGGUUUGCCUUCUUCGACGCAUGCAGAAUCUCUCAGGCUACAUAUUUGGAACUGUUUGGUGGGGAAUUGCCCUCAACAUGAUUGCAUAUUUUGUUGCUUCUCAUGCAGCAGGUGCAUGCUGGUACUUGCUAGGGAUCCAAAGGGCAGCAAAAUGCUUGAAAGAACAAUGCAGAGAAACACAGGGAUGCGGGCUGAGGUUAUUAUCUUGUAGAGAAACUAUUUACUAUGGAACAACAAAUAAGGUGAGAGAUGGAGCAAGAUUAGCAUGGGCAGACAACAAGGUGGCAAGGGCUACCUGCUUAGACAGCAGUGAUAAUUAUGACUAUGGAGCUUAUAAAUGGACUGUUCAACUCGUUACCAAUGAUAGCAGAUUGGAGAAAAUACUUUUUCCCAUCUUUUGGGGUCUAAUGACUCUCAGCACUUUCGGAAACCUGGAGAGCACAACAGAGUGGUUGGAAGUUGUUUUCAAUAUCAUUGUUCUAACAAGUGGACUCCUUUUGGUCACGAUGUUGAUCGGAAAUAUCAAGGUUUUCUUGCAUGCAACCACAUCAAAGAAGCAAGCAAUGCAGUUGAAGAUGAGGAACAUAGAGUGGUGGAUGAGGAAGAGACACUUGCCUCAAGGAUUCAGGCACCGUGUCCGUAACUAUGAGCGGCAGCGCUGGGCAGCAAUGCGCGGCGUCGAUGAAUGUGAAAUGAUCAGGAACCUCCCUGAAGGACUUAGGAGGGACAUCAAGUACCAUCUCUGCCUGGAUUUAGUGAGGCAGGUACCACUUUUCCAACAUAUGGAUGAUCUUGUCCUAGAGAACAUUUGCGACCGUGUGAAGUCUCUCAUUUUCACGAAGGGAGAAACAAUAACAAGAGAAGGCGACCCUGUCCAAAGAAUGCUAUUUGUGGUAAGGGGUCAUCUUCAAAGUAGCCAAGUGCUUAGAGAUGGAGUCAAGAGUUGCUGCAUGUUAGGUCCUGGGAAUUUCAGUGGAGAUGAACUCUUGUCAUGGUGCCUAAGAAGACCGUUUAUAGAACGUUUACCACCAUCCUCAUCAACACUGGUAACUCAGGAGACCACAGAGGCAUUUGGGCUAGAAGCUGAAGAUGUGAAAUAUGUGACGCAACAUUUCAGAUACACAUUUGUGAAUGAAAGAGUGAAGAGAAGUGCAAGAUACUAUUCACCAGGAUGGAGAACUUGGGCAGCUGUGGCCAUUCAGUUGGCUUGGAGAAGGUAUAAGCACCGCUUGACGCUUACUUCAUUGUCAUUUAUCAGGCCAAGAAGACCUUUGUCUCGGUGCUCUUCCUUAGGGGAGGAUAGGCUCAGGCUUUAUACAGCUUUGUUAACUUCACCAAAGCCAAAUCAGGAUGAUUUCGACUUCUGAAAGCGAACAAGAGCCACUCCAUGUAUGGAUUUUGAAAAUCACUACUUUCUUUGUAGAAAAAACAGUUCUCUGGUAGGCAAUAUGUUCUUUCUUUUACUCAUUUAA